AGUCACCGGUUGAACACCGGAACGGGAACACCGUCGCGCGUCCUCUUCGACUGUGCCCUUUCGACCGGUCUCUAGACCGUUUAACCCCCACAUCCCCUCAUCCCGCCGCUGGUUUACAGGGUCUGUCUAUCAUUGGUUCGCUCUCUUUCCGGCAGUCGCUAGCCCGCUCGUGCUUUCGCCGGUCUCGUCGCAUUCUCGUACUUAACCGUCAACAGCGAGCGUGCUUGCUCUCGUUCGUACCGUUCGUCACGCUCUCUGCUCGGCCCGGCAACAGUGUAUACAAGAUUCGACAACGACGUAUUGGCACUGACCGGCGUUCGUACGUUUCAGUCCGGGUCUCAGGCGAUUUUUCGAGCUCAACCAAAUAUCCGACAAGAUAGGUUGGUCAGACUUCCGGCGAGGCAGCAGUCUGCCAUCGGUGCCGUCGACUGCCGGCACAAUGUUCUCCAAACUCAAAUCAGGCACAUCGUCCGCAAGCCAGGGUGCACAGGUGUUGUCCACCAACAACAUUCUCAACCUGUUCGAGGUCGGUAAAUUCGUGUGCUCAGCUGGCCCAGAGCUCAUAUGGAAGGUAUACGAGGGGUUCCGAAAACCAGAUGGAAAGGAGGUAUCGAUUUUCGUCUUUGAAAAAAAACUGGCGGACAAGCUGCACAAGCCCAGACGGAAGGAGACGGUGACGGAGAUACUGAAGAAGAGCGUGCACUACUUGGAGAUGCUCAGGCAGCCAAAGCUCAUACUCAAGGUGGUGCACUCCGUGGAGGACUGCAACGACACGCUCGCGUUCGCCGCCGAGCCCGUGAUCGCCAGUCUGGCCAAUAUACUCGCGUACCAGGCGUCCGUUGGCGGUCGGGCGGUCAACGGGCCACCGUCCACCGGCGCGUCAAUUAUCACUACCACGGCCAUGCCGCGGCCCGCGCACGCGAGGGAGUACAACUUUUUGGAUUUCGAAAUCAAGUACGGCAUCAGACAGAUUGCUGAAGCCCUUGAUUUCUUAUCACCUCAAGUCCACCACCACAAUGUUUGCCCGAGCAGUAUACUAGUAACAAAAACAGGAACCUGGAAACUUAGCGGUCUGGAAUUCAUUGUUCAGACCGAAGCUAGAGAGCGGAUUACUUGUACUCCAUGGACGUCUAGACUGCCAAAAAUGGCACAACCCGAUUUGGAUUAUAUAGCUCCAGAAGUUCAGUUGUCUUCAUAUUGUAGUUCUCACAGUGAUAUGUACUCGUUGGGAAUGGUUAUAUUCGCGAUAUUUAAUAACGGUCGACCACUGAUACAAGCGAACCAUAGCAGCUCGACGUACAUGAAACAAUUGGAUGUGUUAGAAAAUCAAAUUCACAACGUGUUACCUAAACUUCCGGCACAAUUACAAGAAAUGGCAACCAAAAUGCUGAGCAAAGACGUGGAUGCGAGACCAUUUGUCAAAAAUUUAUUACACACUCCUUAUUUCUGCGAUCGUUUUGUGGAAACUAUUCAAACACUGGAUAUUAUAAAUAUGAAAGAUCUAGUACAGAAGUGUCAGUUCUAUAAGAUAACAUUGAAAGAAUCAUUACCAUUCAUUCCAAAGAAAAUUUGGUAUCAAAGAGUUUGGCCAUUUUUGCAACACGAAAUGUUAAAACCCGAUGUAUCAGCUGCAGUCCUACACCCGGUAAUAUUCUUGAUUCAGGAGUCUAGUCUAGAGGACUACGAAACACUCAUGUUGCCUGCUAUGAGUAAAAUAUUUAAUGGUCCAAAACAUGUUCCUGUGCAAGUGAUAUUAUUGGAAAACUUACACGUGAUAUUAGAAAAAACACCAAGGGAUGAUAUUAGAAAAGAAGUACUCCCCUUACUGUAUACAGCAUUUGACUUUUCUGACAUAGAAGUGCAGAGUGCUGCUGUAUUGGCUGUAACCAACGUUUCUCAAUACAUGGAUGAUACGGCAAUAAGAAGAAUGGUACUUCCCAAACUCAAAAUGGUGUACGAAACAAAUCCAAACGAUUUGAAAAUUGUUUUAAACAUAUUGGCUUGUCUGGAAAUAAUAUUGCAUAGACUUGAAAAACAACAAAUCAUCGAGGAUGUUUUGCCGCUGAUUUGGAUAGUAAACCAGACAGAUCCUGAAGUGAUAGCGAGAAUAGCAGUUAUAUACAGUAUGAUUUUGCGUGACAAGAAAUAUGGUUUAUCUGUAAAUAUGAUAGCCACGAAAAUAAUGCCAACGUUAAUUCCACACACAAUGAAUCCGGGUUUGAAUUUAGAACAAUUUCAAACCCUUAUUGAAGUUUUACAAGACAUGCUGGAACAAAUUGACAGAAACCAAAGGAAUAAACUGAAAUUAGAUACAAUAUCCAUGCAGAGUCCAGACAGACACAGGCCUUUAAGACAUUUAUACAGUUCUGACAAUAUGCAUGCGCAAAACUUCAACAUACCAAAUUUAAAAAUUGAAACACGCAAAACGUCAAGUGCUGAAGAUAUGGUUAGAAAAAAUUCAGCAGGUAGCUGGUGGUUUGGCGGUUCACCUUCCGGUUCCGAUAGCAACUUCUUGCGCGUAGUCAGUUCGUUUCCGAAUCGCCGACUGUCUGACAACAUGUUGAACACGCCGAAAAUUCGUGUGGCACCGUCGUGUGCCUCUUCGCCAGGAAGCACGCCCGUUGGCACCGGACUGCCAAUCCGGAGACACUCGAACGUUGAGCGCCGUGGGUCCACCAUCAACCUGUCACCACCAUCGGGCUAUCAGUACUUCAGACCGAUUAACGGACACGAUGGGUCCACAUUGUCGGUGCCAUCAUCGACGUAUCUUGCACGGAGCAUGAUUGGUGGUAGCAUGCCGAACACGAGCAGCAGCGUACCAUACUUGCUUAGCUCCAGUAUGAACAGCAUCCGGUCCAGGAGGCAAAGUACGUGUUCACAAAAUUCUAGUACUGGCAUUCUGCAGCAACUUGGUUCCGGUGUAGUGAAACAGUUAUCAACUUUGCAAAAUCCGUAUCAACUAUUCAGUGGCAACAAGUGAACAGUCGUACUCCGCUGACCAAUACCACUGUUAUAACUACACACUAAUAUUACCUAUUGCUUGAAUUUUACUGAACGGUCCGACGUCCCGUUAAAGUCUAUAUUUUAUGUACAUCUAUUUUGUCAAAUACGAAACUAUAAAAGCAAAUAUUUUACAUCUACCAACAACACAAUAUUAUGAGCAAUAAAGCCAGAAAUCGUCAACAAUUAUUAUAACUACUUUAUCAAUGUCGUAAUUUUUAAGUUUCAUUAUUUUAUACAUAAUUUAUUCUUGUUCAUUAAGUGUGACUUGUUUGUUCUUAUUUUUUUCGGUUUCUUCGACGAACCGUAUACAGGUUUGUUAUAUUAUAUUGUAUAUAUUAUACAGUGUGUUCAAGCUAAGGGUUACUACCUUAGAUAUUAUAGCUGGAUGUCAUGGUACACAUUUAGAUAAAGACAAUUUCAAAUUUUUAAACAUCUUGGUACACGCAUUCGCAAUACAUUUUACCUAUUUAUUUAACUUGACCUAUUUAUUUUUAAUUAUAUCUAAUAUAACCUUCAGUCAAUUUUUAAUGUAGAGCAAUGCCUAGUUGUUAUAAAAAAAAAACAAGACUGCCUAAAUAUGGUUUCAAAACUAGAAGGUUUUAUUUAUAAAAAUAAAUUUUAUUGCGCAUGUGCGUUUUAGAAGAGUUAAAAAUUUGAAAUAUUUCUAUGAGUAUCUAUUAGUUUUUGUACUUUUUUAGCAAAGUACCAAUUAAAUUCAACGUUAUUAUAGAAAUAUCCCAUUUAUAUCUGAAAAAGGUAUUACGCUGGUUACCGUUUUGACAAAACUAUAAGAGAAAAAUAUUGUUUUCAUCCUCGUAUUAAAUACUGUUCAUAGUUUACUUUAGUUUCUUGUUAUAUUUAGAAAUAUUUAUCAUAUUUAUUGUUAAUAAUUACUAUAAAUUAUUAGCAUUUAAUAUUUACAUACUUCAGGAAUUUACAAAUUCCUAAUGGGUCACCCUCUCCCUCAAAUGACUUGGAUCACACUGUAUAGUAAGUACAAAUAGUACCAUUAUGUGUAAAGAUUUAUGCUAAUUUGAAUAAUUCUUAUGUCAAGUACCUAUAAUAUUAUAAUCAAUACAUAAUUACAAUAUUUAAAUAUUUGAUAUUAUAUAAUUGUGUAUAUUAUAUUUUAAGAAAGAUAAAAAUAUG